CACCACUACAACCCUACUCACAAGAUUUUCUUCUACAUUGCGGACGCUACUCCGCAACGCAUUGCUCAUACAAUAAUCACUUUCGAACAUCCAACAUGAAGCAUACGAUAUUCAGCGCAGUUUUUCUUAUUCCCUUCGCCUAUGGCAAGACCUCCAGCGAUCUAUGCCGCGGUACGGCCGAGCUGUCCUCAGAUGGCAAUUAGUACUGCUCUGAAGUCUGGGCAAUCACCUAUCGCAACAUCAGUCAGCCUGGCGCCUACAAUCAGACCACUAUAGUUGAUCCACAGACUGGUACCUGCGGUCAUGAACGUGUUGCCUAUCCAAGUACAGGAGAGUUGACACCCUUGUUUGGACAAGUGUCAAUGCACCUUCGCGGGCCUAUGAACGUCUCUCAGCUCGCAGUCUACCAGCUUCCAGACGAAGUGCAUACAAUGCAGAAGCGGACUACAGUGCCGUUUUACAACCGUCGUCGAGCAUUGGAGCAACGAGAAACACUAGUGAUAUCUGACGCCACUGCCACUCCUACGCAGUCGUCGUCACCAAGCUGGUUCAAUCGUCUGAACAAAUGGACAUAUAGCACAACAACCAGUUGCACCUCAGCUACAGUGACAUCGACUGUGACGGUAAAGGCAGCCUGUUCUUCAAUUAGUAUCUCGCAGGCUGCACCGAACAUGACUUAUAUAGGUCCUCCACUGUCGUGUAUGACUACGUCUGCUGCGGCAUCGAUAGCCGAUCCCGCGUCUUCAGCACCGAACUGCACUUGCGGCAAUGAUAGAGUUGAUGAUCCCAUCUUUCAGAGGCCCAACGGACAGGUCUACGUCAGUCCAACCUCAGUAUUGACACCGACAUCAUUCUCAACACAAGAUACAUCACCAGUGUUUCAACGUCCCAAUGGACAGCCUUAUGAUAUUCCUGUGCCAUUGCCAUCGUCCAUGGUGAAAAGGCAGGCUGCCGAUUGGAGCCGCAUUGCAUACUACACGUCAACAGCACCGGCCCAAGCCACUGGACUCAGUUUCAUGGCCAAUCUGGGCGACCCCCAAAAGUCUGGUACUUUCGACUAUGCCUUCGGAAACUCGCUCAGCUACGUCACUCCUCGAGGUGACAAGGUAGCAGCCGAGAGUCUACCAUUCAACGGCAUGCUUCAAACGUCUGAAACAGAAAUCGUAGUUCUUUCUGACAAAGAGUGUGACGCGGACUGUCCGUACUGGAGGCCAAACGCAACCUCUCACUACGGCUGGUCCGGCUCAUCAAAAGCCUUCUUCAUCGAAUUCCAGAUGGACCACUAUCCCAACCUCGGCACAGACCAAGGCAUGCUCUCCGACGCUCCAGCCUACUGGUUCCUCAACGCAGCCAUCCCCCGCAUCCUACAGUAUGGCAGCGACCGCAACAACAUCCCUUGCUCGUGCUGGUCCACCGGAUGUGGCGAAUUCGACGCCUUCGAGCUCCUAAGCAACGGCGCAGAACGAGCGAAGUCGACUAUACAUCGGCAGGGAAAUUUGGAGGGCGGGGACUCGAAUUACUUCAGCAGACCUGUUGGACAGACGAUGAAGUUUGCGGUUGUGUGGCAUUAUCCGCAUAUUACAGCGUUGGUGUUGGACGACAAGUUUGACUUUUCGCAAAGCAUGUCGGAUGAUGCGAUGAAGAAGUUGGUGGCGUAUGAUCCGGAUAGCUGGGUGCACUCGCUGUAUGCUAUUGGGGACUGAGGGUGUUUUCUUGGAGGCGGUUUGUGAUUUUCAUGUGAAGGAAUCAUGUGUAACAACAGUAGGCCGAACAGGACAAUUCAAGCAAU